CCCGCCAAUAACCGUCCCUCCUCUAUCAUGGCUAUCAGGAAUGCAGUAUCCCUGUUUGGAGUAACCGUAACCUCAUGAUAAGGAAUGUUGAUUGAUUGAUUGAUAAGAUCAGCGACCCCGCGAGAUAUGUAAAUCUCCACUCCUCCAUCUUCAAUUCCAUCUCACAACCAUAUGAUCUCAAGGACACAAAAUGCCCCAAGGAAACGCCCUUCCCAAUGCCUCCCCUAGCCUAAGCUACUGGCAACGCACAACCCGCUCAUUCGCCCAUCUCCACGCAAACAACACCAUCCCCGUUCCAACCUCGGCCAGAUAUGUGGUCAUCGGAUCAGGCAUCGCGGGGGCUCUAACAGCAUUUGAACUACUCGAGGCUGGCGUUAAUGCCGAGGAUGUUGUUAUCCUCGAGGCUAGAGAGGCAGCUGGUGGUGCUAGUUCGAGGAAUGCGGGGCAUGUGAGGCCGGAUGCAUUCCGCGGUUUCACGGCAUACUCCAAAGUCCACGGUGCCGAGCAAGCCCUGAAAAUCAUCGCAAACGAACGUUUAGUUCUACAAAAGGUAGAUGAGUUUAUCACAGAACACGCUGCGGCAUGCGACUUCCACCGCACAACAACAUUCGACGUCUGCAUGACCCCCGACUUCGCAGAAUACGAAGCUGCAAGUUUCAACGCAUACAAGAACGCAGGCGGCGAUGUAUCCCACGUUAAAUACUACACUGGACCAGAAGCACAGGCGAAAACGAACGUCCCCGGUGCGGUAGCUGCGUAUGAGUGGCCGGCUGGGUCGAGCCAUCCGGCGAAAUUGGCGCAGUUUCUUCUGAGUAGUGUGGUGAGUAGAGGUGUGAGAUUGUUUACUUUUUGUCCGGCUAUAGAUAUAAUGCGGUCGUCGGAUGCUGGCCCUGGACUCUGGGAUGUAAAUACAGCCCGGGGAACGGUGAUGACCGAGAAAGUGAUACAUUGUACCAAUGCGCAUGCUGCCUUUUUAUUACCCCUGCUGGAUGAUUAUAUCACGCCGAACCGCGCCCAGGCACAUUCAUUAAUCCCGACGGCUGCGUUUACAGGGACGAAUAUCCUCCAAAACACAUUCUCGCUGCGCUACAGUCUGCACCAUUUCUACUCCCUGAUCCAGCGACAAGCAGACGGUACGCUUAUCCUGGGCGUGUCGAGGUCGAACCCAACGCUUAGCAAAGAGACGAUUGAUGGGCGGUUGAGCACGGAUGAUAGCAAGUAUAAUGAGGAGAUUGCGAGCGAUGCACUAAGUAGUUUCGGGGGAAUUUUUCCUGACUAUGGUGCAAAUGGUGCGAUGCACGGCGAAGGCCUGGAUCAUGCUUGGACGGGGAUUAUUGCAAUGACGGCGGAUUCAUUGCCGUUUGUUGGGGAAGUUGAGGGGUUUCCGGGGCAGUUUGUUUGUGCGGGGUUCAAUGGGCAUGGUAUGGCGCGCAUUUUUACGUGUGCGCCGGGUGUUGCUAAAUUGGUGCUUGGGAAACAGUGGGAGGAAACUGGUUUACCGGAGUGUUUCCAGAUGAGCAAAGAGAGACUCGGUAGACUGUCAUCUCAAGCUGUGCCAUCAGUUUGGUGA